GAACUACGGGUGCUGGGAGGGCAGAGGGGCGUCGCGAUGUGUCUUCUGUUGGGCGCCACGGGCGUCGGUAAGACGUUGCUGAUCAAACGCCUGAAGAAGCUGAGCGUCCACGAUGGGACGGGCGACCUGGGGGACCCUCCCCCGACGCGGCCCACGGUGGGCACUGACCUCACCGACAUCAUGGUCAACAGACAACUCACCAUCAGGGAGCUGGGGGGGUGCAUGGGUCCCAUCUGGCCCAGUUACUACGGAAACUGCCGCGCUCUCCUGUUCGUGCUGGACGCGUCCAACCCCACACAGCUCUCUGCAUCCUGUGCGCACCUCCUGGGUCUCCUUUCCGCAGAGCAACUUGCAGAAGCCUCGGUCCUGAUACUCUUCAAUAAAACCGACCUGCCCUGUUACAUGACCGUGGAGGAGAUGAAGUCGUUAAUGAGGCUCCCAGACAUCAUUGCCUGUGCCAAGCAGAGCAUCACCACGGCGGAGAUCAGCGCCCGGGAAGGCACUGGCUUGGCAGGGGUGCUGCGCUGGCUCCGGGACACCCACAGAGCCAGCCACUGAAGCCACG